AUGUCGGCCGCGUCACCACCCACUCACCACAGUAUCUAUCUCUCUGGCAACUUCGAAAUCGAAAAUAGAGUCUCCCCAAUCACUAUUGCUGGGUCUGGCCCCGAAUAUACUACCUAUGCCGUAUCAAUUGGUUGUAGAGGUGGAGACCGUGAUGCAAGAUUGCUGUAUGAGAUCAGGGCAACCGAAUCAAAUAACUCACCAGCACCCCCCAAAGCAAAAACUGAUGGAAAUGGGAUCCCAUCAAAGAAGCCUGUGAAAUUUGUAUCGAGAGCAGUGUCCUCGCCAUUCAUAUCGCCUAUUCCUGCUUCCAGCUCUUCACAAACACUUGUAUCUGGAUCCGGGGAGGUAUCGCAAUUGGCUGUUGAGUCUGGCUCCGGUUCUUCACCCGCAUUGUCAUUACCGUCGACGUCCAGCAGUGUUCCAAAAGCGUCAAAAACCACCGGACAACCUCCUAAAAAAAGAGCCCGUGCUCCACCAAAAAGCAAAAACAAGAAAAGUGCAUCUAUUCCUGAAACAUUAUGA